ACGUGAUUAGCCCCCCCCACACGGUAUAGUGACGUCACUAGAAGCCCAGGCGGAAGUACCCGGAAGUGCGAUGAUGCUGGAGAAGCUGAGGAACGGCGGUACCCCCGGAGUUCUGCUCAUUUCCGAUGCAGCGCCACACAGUGGCAGGGAGUUGUUGCACAGCUUUAUAGUGGCGGCGCUGGAGAGGGGGGAGCAGGUGCAUGUAUUGGGCUAUGAGCGCUCACAGGAAGAUUUCCUGCUGGGAUUCCCGGCACCCCUUGUACCCAGGCUGAACUUCCACGAUGGAUACUCGGACCCCCUGCAAUGGCUUGGGGGCCCCCACUCACUUGGCCCCUCUGAUUUCACAGCUGAGAGGAUAGAGGCGCUGCUCCGGGAUUCUGGUUCCGCAGUCACCUUGGUACUGGAUUCCCUGAGCUGGAUCUUGGCGCACUCUCCCCUUCCAUCCGUCUGCCACACCCUCAGGGAGUUGUCUCGGGGGCAGAAAGGAACAGCAUCCACAGUGACACGGUUGUUAGCGCUUUUGCACAAGGAUUUGCACGACCCUGGGGCCCUCCGUUCCGUGAAUCUUCUCGCCGACACCGUCAUUAACAUGGAAAGGAGGGGAGACUGGGACCGGGUCACCGUGACGCACCGCAAAAAGUCCAGAAAGGUCGAGACCAGCGAGGAAAUGGUGAGAAUACGGGGGGAUCUCUCCCUAGAGGUCUUUAGAGAAAAGGAAAUGGAGCAAAGGAAAGGACAAGAGGUGGAUCCGACAGCGAAUCUGACCUUUAACCUGCGCCUGUCAGAAGCCGAGCGGGAAGUGAAGGAUUCCGCCAUCUUGCCCUUCACCUUCAGUGACAGCAAGAAAUCCUCGCUGCUGCAGUCGGGCCCCGGUUCUGCCAGAGUUUAUUAUGAUCCGGACCCGGCAGAUGAUGUGGAUGAGGAAGAUCCAGACGACGACCUGGAUGUGUGAUUGGGCCGGUACUGGGAGCCACGGGAUGAUGGGCCGGGUGUGUCGCAUUUCUGCCAUUGGAUCCAGUGGUUGGGGGGGCGGGGCUCUGGUGCGGUUCCGCCCAGUAAUAUGGGGCAGACAUGGUUGGACUUUCUUUCAUGAGAACAUUUCCCAUAAGCCAUUGCUGUGUGGGUGGAGUCUCAGUGCUGUACCCCUAAUAUGGGUGGAGGGGGGUAAUUUAUCCCUUCCUGGUCAUGUGACUGGGGUGGGUCUUGGCACGGGGGGUUCCUGUAUGUAUCUUGGGUGCCCCCCCUUACUGAUCCCUCCAGGGGGGCGGGGGGUAAAGGAAACCCCAACAAAGAGUUUGGACCAUCGGUUAUGGAGGAAUAUGGCGGCUGCCGUCGUUACCGACUGUCAUUUUCUCUAGGCCUGUGCAUUAUUUGUGCAAAAUAAAUGGCGUCUCGGAGGGGCCCCGGCCGCCACUCGCUUGGGAAAUAUACACGUUUGUGGGUUUGCUUGUCCUUUAACUGAUAAUCCCCUCCCCCUGGCGAUGUCUCCUCCCCUAUUAAUAAACUGCUCUUGUAAUGAAA